AUGGGCAAGAAGAGCUCCGGCGACCCCAUGCAGGCCUUCCGCAAGGCGGAGAAGGCCAAGCAGCUGAAGAAGAACAAGGCGCAGCGCAAAGAGAACCGCGAGAAGCAGGCUGUCUGGCGUGACACGCGCGACCUCGAGGGUGACAUUGCGCACCUCAAAACCCGUGAGCUCGAUGACGAGGGAAAGCAGCGCCUCGCGACCCUCGAAAACGAGUUCAAGUACGUCAACAAGCUCAAGGAAAAGUAUCUUGCAGAACACCCCGAGGCUCGCGACAAGGUAUACCAUACGCGAGAGCGGCCGCGGGAACAGAGCACGUCGAGACCAGAACCAACCGCACACCUGUACAACCCGGAUGGGACACUACGUGAUCCCAAGCGCAGCAUCUACUACGAUGCGACGUACAACCCCUUCGGCGUACCGCCACCAGGCAUGCCGUAUGCCGAGAGACCGCCAUCCGAGGUAGAGAGUAGCGACGACGACGACGACGACGACGACGAUGAUUCGGACAGCGACAUCGUCAUGCCAGAGGGUCCGCGGCCAGACGACGACAGCGAUGACAGCGAUGACAGCGACGACAGCGACGACAUACCCCUCCCAGCCGGGCCGCCGCCACCUAGACCCGCCGUCCGUCCCUUCCGACCCCCGUUCCGUCCCCCAAUGCGGCCGAUGCGCCCGCCAGCCGCAGGCUGGGGCCACCUCAUGCCCGGAGCACAGCAGCCAGGCGCUCCACCUGUCCGCCCUCCUCCCAUCUCCGUCCGCCCCUCCUCCCUUCCCCCACGUCCCCCCUCUCUCCCCGCUAAGCCUGGCACAGUUCCAGCAGUCGUAUCUGCACCAGCCGCCGGGCCGGCUCCGGGGCCCGCGGCCGCGACGAUCAGCGCCGGCCCCCAACUUCGCGACUUCCGCAAGGAGACGACGGUAUUCGUGCCCCGCGCAGCUAGGAAGCGCGCAGGGCCGGGCGGCGUCACCGUCAACGCUACGCCUGGGGCGGGCGUGGUCGACGCUGACGGGGACCAGGUGCGUGUGCGUGCUGCCCCUAGGUCACGUCUCAUGGAUAAACUGGGGCGUGUGCUGGGCGACGAGGGUAAGAAGGACGAGACGGAGGAGGAGUAUGAGCGCUUCCUUGAGGGAUUGUAG